AUUCGUAUUUGUUAGUGAUAUGACGAUUCAUUUCCAAAUAUUUUUAUCGUCUUGCUUUUUCACUAUUAGUAUGUGUACUUGAUACUGAUAGUGAUACUACGUGUAGAUGAAGGUGAGCGUGCAUGUAUGUAAACGCGAUACGUAUGGUCACAUUUAAGUCAAUCAUUAUUUCUUAUAACCUUUUUAUGAAUACGGAACACAGAAGCACGAUUGAACAAUCUUAAAAGAUGCGGUUAAAUCCGUAUGUCUUGUAGCCGGGAAGAGGCGAAGGACGAACAUAUACCGUUUCCAAUGGAGUGGAUCGUGUUCUCCUCGUGACUUUCGGCUCGAAGUUGUAGAUUUUACUGUAUCUUCGCUUUGCGAGAAAUUUUACUCGAAGUCUAGUUAACCGUGCAAUUGCUACAGCGUAUCAUAUCAUGGCCUCGACAAAGAGAAAGAUUCAAAUUGGUUCUGCUUGGUUCCAAACGAAAAUUAAACUAAGACCACAGCAUCGAGGUAUCCAUCACGUUACCGAGGAAAUAUUAGGAAAAAUUCCUGAACUCUGUGAAUUUUCUAUUGGACUCUGUCACAUACAAAUUCUUCAUACAUCAGCAAGUUUAGCAUUAAAUGAAAAUUGUGAUCCAGAUGUCAGGGAUGAUGUGGAAAUGAUGCUUAAUAAAAUAGUUCCUGAAGGUUUGGCCUAUAGACAUAGCCGAGAAGGACCAGAUGAUAUGCCAGCGCACGUAAAGGCUUGUUUUCUUGGUUCUUCGCUAAGCAUUCCAAUUACUGAUGGCAAAUUGACUUUGGGUAAAUGGCAAGGAAUUUGGCUAUGUGAACAUCGUAAUGAUGCUGGAAGACGUAAAGCUGUUAUAACAUUAACUGGCUGCCUUCGGGAUCCUGCAAGUAGCCCUUUGACUCCCGUCAGUCCUAUUGCCUCUACUAGCAGCUAGGACUACUCACAUCCCCAAAGGCGUAGCAAACGUCAUCUGGGCAUAUCUAAAUCUAACUACUCGAUCUAGC